CCCUAGUUUUUGCAGGGGAUAAAAAGUUUGAAAAAAAAGGCGACCAUGGACACUGGUAAUGCCUCAUUUGAAGAGAUGAAUCUGUUACUCGAUGUAGGGAAGAACUGCAGUGUUGAAACCAUCGGAUUUCAUUUUGCUUGUUGUAGAUGGAGUUAUUGAAGUGGUUAUCAGGGUGUGAUAACUCCAAGGACAAAGAAGCAUGUGCAGAGUCAUUGGUGGGAUUAGCAACAUGUUUGCCUUAUGUUGGAGGAACUGCAAAAUCCCCAACACCAGAUUGCUGCAAUGGUCUCAAGCAGCUUCUUAAGACCAACAAAAAGUGUCUGUGUGUGGUUAUUAAGGAUAGAAAUGAUCCUGAUUUGGGCCUCAAUAUUAAUGUCACACUUGCUUUGUCUCUCCCUCAUGUUUGUAAUGCUCCGGCUAAUAUUUCCCAGUGCCCCGCUCUCCUCAACUUGCCCCCAAAUUCACCAGAUGCUCAGGUUUUUUACCAACUUGAUAAAAAUAGCAGCAGUGUUGCUGGAGGUAUAUAUAUGCCAAACUACAAUUUAAUUUCCAUUUUUGAGCAAAUUAAAGUAAUUACUUAUUUUUAUGGAAGCAGCGGUUCCUCCCAAUCCAAGCAGUGCCCCUGCCGGAGCUCCGACGUCUCAGCCGAAAAGCGGUGGUUGUGACAAAGGGCUGCUUCUUGCGGGAUUACUUUUACUGCCGGCAUUGCUGCUCUCAUCAUUGUUGCUGUAAAGUAAAAACACGACAAAAUUCUACUAUUACACUUUGAAACUAAACUAUUAAGUCUAUAAUAAAGUACCAUGUUUUUUGUUCAAGUUUGCAUUCACGGUAUUUGUCUUGUAAAUGCUAAUGUCCAUAAUUUUCUUUGUUAAUAAAGUGAUUCAUCUUUUCGAAUUUA